AUGACUGAAGACAACCAUUCCUUGAACACUGAAUUCAUCCUCAUAGGAUUUACAGAUCACCCAGACCAGAAAAUUCUUUUAUUUAUACUGUUCUCUGUCAUCUACCUCAUCACCAUGGUGGGAAAUCUGGGUUUGGUGGCCUUGAUUUACAUGGAGCAUCGUCUUCACACACCAAUGUACAUCUUUCUGGGCAACCUGGCUCUGAUGGACUCCUGCUGUUCCUGUGCCAUCACUCCCAAGAUGUUAGAGAACUUCUUCUCUCAGGACAGAAGGAUUUCCCUCUAUGAGUGCAUGGCACAGUUUUAUUUUCUCUGUCUUGCUGAAACUGCAGACUGCUUUCUUCUGGCAGCAAUGGCCUAUGACCGCUAUGUGGCCAUAUGCAGCCCACUGCAGUACCACAGCAUGAUGUCAAAGAGACUCUGCAUUCAAAUGAUCACAGGAGCCUACAUAGCUGGAAACCUGCAUCCCAUGAUUGAAGUAGGAUUUUUGUUUAGGUUAAGUUUUUGUGGGUCUCACCAAAUUGACCACUUUUUCUGCGAUGUCCUUCCAUUAUAUAGACUCUCUUGUGUUGAUCCUUAUAUCAAUGAAUUGAUAUUAUUUAUCCUGGCAGGCUCCAUUCAAAUAUUUACUAUUACUAUAGUUCUAAUUUCUUACUUCUAUAUACUUUUUACUAUAUUCAGAAUGAAAUCCAAAGAGGGAAGAGGCAAAGCCUUAUCUACUUGUGCUUCUCAUUUCCUGUCUGUGUCAAUCUUUUAUGGUUCUCUUCUCUUCAUGUAUGCCAGACCGAGUUCUGUCAAUGAAGGGGAUAAAGCUAUACCUGUUUCUAUUUUCUAUACCCUAGUUAUUCCUCUAUUGAACCCUUUUAUUUAUAGUCUAAGAAAUAAGGAAGUAAUACAUGUCAUGAAAGGAGUUAUGAAGAAGAGAUUAUUGUAA